AUGGUAAAAAUUGGUGCAGGAUUCGAGAUCAUGCAAGUCAGUACCGGUUUCGAGCCCAGGCAGAUCGUGCUGGGAGGCGUUCCCUCCAUUAUUUCUCCUGCGGAGAUACGUACGGCUUUGGCCCGCUUCGGUGACGUCGUCAACGUGGCUCUCUCUGACGAACCUAGAGACGCAGAUGCCUUCGUUUACCAGGUGACAUUUGCGCUGGCGGACGCAGCAGUCGAAACGGUGGCCCGCGUGGACGGCAAUACCCUCUUCAACUCUCCCGUCUACGCGCGACUUCAGCCUAUGAAGGCCAAGAUAGGCUCAGGCGGCGAUUUCUUCGAUGGCGACGUACUUUUUAAACUCCCAACAGCAAGAAAGUGCGCCUACGUCGGGUACAAGACCGAGGAAGCUGCUCAGAUCGCCAUCGCCAGAGCUGACGGAAAGGAUCUCCGAGGAAUGCAAGUUGCCGCAACCUGCUACACCGGCAUGCCCAAAGUCGGCCAAUUCAAUGUGAAGUACGAAUACCUCCCUGCAAACGCCACAGAGAAGGAUCUGGCGCGAUUCGGCGACUACGAGUCCCAUAUGUUUGAGAGGCCGAACUACCAGUCCCCCAAAGGCGCAAUCGAGGGUCUUCGGCGCCAGUUGGCCGACUACGGCGAGGUCUCUCUAGACGUCCCUCCUGGCCCGAACCGCAUGAUGUUCCGGGUCUGGGCACACUUCAAGGAUCCCUUGGCCGCGGAGAAGGCCCGUGGGGAUCUACAUGGACGGUGCCCAGCCUACAUCGGGAAGCAGAGGAUAUUUGCGCAUCACUAUAGAUCACUCACGUACAUGGUGCCGUCGCGCAAGUUCAACCAUCUCUCUCAAGAUCUUUUCGACCUUCACGCGUAUCUCCACCACAAGUACAACGCCACCAUCUUCGUGGACGACAAGAGAACAGCUACUGCGCCCAACACUCCGGUCGUCAUCACGUUCCUGUCGGAGAAUCCAGCCGAGGUCCCCGAGGCUAAAGCCGCUUUUGACCGUCUUCUUCGCGGUGAUAAGCUGACAGAGAACGGGCGGACCGUGUGGAACGAGUUCUUCGGAACUAGGGAAGGGCUCCAGUUCCUGGACGGGCUUCAGAAGAACCAUCCUAUGGUCAGGGUCUACCGCGACACUCACCGACGCACCCUUACGCUCUUUGGACCGGAAUUGCGUCGCUCGCGCGUACGCGACAUCAUUCUCGCUCACGCUCGGCGCCUCGCAUCCCAGCGACAGCAGCGCCACCGAGUCGCCGGGAACUUGUUCUUGACCGAAGACCUCGCCACAUUGAGAAAGGAGCUCGGAGAGGGAAGCGUUUGGUUCGACUUUCUGCGCAAGGAACUCGUCGUCUGCGGUGAUGAGGAUGCCCGGAAGACUGCCAAGCUCGCCAUCCAGGAUGCCAUCAAGCGCCGUGGCCAGCUUCCUCGGACCUCCAGCUCAUCCAACGGCUGCCCAGUUUGCCUCAGCGAACCUUCACAUCCCGUUUCCCUUCCUUGCAACCAUCGCUGGUGCACUCCUUGUCUUAGCGCCUUCCUCAACGCCGCCGCCGAUGUCAAAAUGUUCCCGCUCACAUGCCUGGGAGACAAUGCACGGUGCACGUGCCGUAUUCCACUGGACAUCGUACGACAGCUUCUCCCUCCGGAUGCCUUCGAUACUCUCGCUCGUACGGCAUUCAACCUCUACAUCCACGCGCGUCCGAAGGAGUUCCAGUAUUGCCCCACACCGGACUGCCCCCAGGUCUACCGCCCUCCUCCCCCAGCAGCUGCGCCCGCGCCGGUGCUGCAGUGCCCAACGUGUCUUGUGCGCAUCUGUUCGGCGUGCGGGGCGGAACACCACGAGACGCGCUCCUGCCGGGACGUCUCGCCGGCGGACGAGGCACAGUUCGCGACUUGGCGAGCUGGCCACGACGUCAAGGACUGUCCAAAGUGCAAGAUCCCGAUCGAGCGCGAGGCGGGAUGCAACCACAUGACGUGCGCGCGCUGCAAGACGCACAUAUGCUGGGCCUGCCUCGAGACGUUCGAGACGAGCGGGGAGGUGUACGGGCACAUGCGCGCGAUCCACGGUGGGAUCGGCGGCCUGGACGUGUAUCUCUGA